AGAUCGUGUGAAUGACGUCAGCGACAAAAUCGAAAAAAAUUACGAAAUCAUUGUUCUGAAAAGAAUACAAUACCAUAGAACUUUUUAUUUUUCAUUCAUGGUGCAACUUAGGCUAUAUAAAUAAAAAAACUCAACAUGUCUCUGUCAGAUUAUGAGUUAGCUCUUCGACUUCAAAUGCAAGAAGAUGAAAAAACUGCUUCACCAAAGAACGAUAAUACACAUAAAAAACCAGCAAAAAAUAUUUCGAUUAUUGAUUCAGAAUGGGAAACCAUUGAUCCAACGCCAGAUAUUCAUGGAAUGUUUGUAGAAUUUAAUAAGAGAUAUUUUUGGAAUAAACUGGGUGCUUGUGAAGUAUCUUGGAGCCAGAGAAUGACUUUAUGUGCUGGUCUCUGUCGCUACGAAGGAAGAGGUCGACUUUGUUCAAUUAAAUUAUCAGUUCCCUUGUUAAAGUUAAGGCCACGAAAGGAUCUAGUAGAAACCUUACUGCAUGAGAUGAUACACGCUUAUUUGUUUGUUACUGAAAAUAAUCGAGACAGAGAAGGUCAUGGACCCGAAUUUCAAAGUCAUAUGAGAAGAAUAAACCAGGAAACAGGGACUAACAUCACUAUUUAUCAUAGUUUCCACAAUGAAGUUGAACUUUAUCGUCAACACUGGUGGAGGUGUGAUGGUCCAUGCAAAGACAGAAAACCUUUUUUUGGUUAUGUUAAAAGAGCAAUGAACAGAGCUCCAGCUCCAAGAGAUCCUUGGUGGAACGACCACAAAGCAUCAUGCAAUGGUACAUUUCAUAAAGUAAAAGAACCUGAGAAUUAUUCAAAAAAGAAAGAAUCUAAGAACGCCCUAUUGGGAAAAGCUCAGCCAACUAUUAGCUCUUUAUUUAAGAAAAAUGAUAAGAAAAAAACUGUUCCAUCUCCAAGCAAAAAUUCUGUCCCAAGCAAUGAUGCAAUUGGGGAAAAUGCUCAAAAGAAGAGCCCCAUUGCAGCUUUCAAAGGAAAGGGACGUAAGCUAACUGAUGAUUCCAGGCAUAUUGACGUCAAAAGACGACGAAUACCUGGAUUAUUUGAUCCAGAAGAAGACAAAGAAUUAAACGAAAUAAACUCUGUAUUUGAUUCAGACUCAGAUGAUGACAGUUUGGAUAGGAUUCUCGAAGAGAGAAGAAAACAAAUAGACAAUAAAAUGAAGCUAAAAGAAAACAAAAAACAGUCAAAAGAAACUUUAAAAAGAAAAUCUGAUGACGAAAUAAAAAAUUCUAAACGACCCUGCAUUUGGUUAGAUGAGGAAGCUUCGACUUCCGAAAACUUAUACUCUAGUUUUGGUUCUGUUUCUGUAACGGAUAAUUCUCCUUUCACAUGCGACUGUCCAGCAUGUGGUAUGAAAAUUAUUGAAACAUAUAUAAAUCAACAUUUGGAUGAAUGCCUCAAAAUGACUUAG